AUGGACGUAAUAGUAAUCGGGUGCGGUGCGUCGGGCAUUGCGGCGUUGCGAAAGCUCCACGAUGCCGGUUUAAAUGUUCUGGGGUUGGAAGCUGAUGAUAGAAUCGGGGGAAGAAUUAAGACCAUUCAAUAUGGAGACUGCUAUUUAGAUCUUGGCGCUGCUUGGUGUCAUGGCGAAAAAGACAACAUAGUCUUUGAAAUGGCGAACCCUUUAGGACUUUUGGGACGCCCUAAACCUGACAAUAAAUGGUACGUGCUGUCAAACGGGGAAAUUCUCAAAUCAGACUUGAGUGAAUCUAUUAUUGGCGCUUUGGAUGAGGCUGUAGCGAAAGCAGAUAAGAAUACGAGCCAGUCCGUUUCUGAGUGUGUUAGAAAAGCAGUGAAAACCAAUCCCACGCUGACAAAGGAUGCAAAGCUAUCCCAUUCCUUUCUAGAAUGGUUUGAGAAAAACAACCAUGUCGGUGGUCAAACCGACCCUCUACAUGGCAAGUCGUUGAAGGGCUUAGAAGAGAGUUGGGGAUGUGAAGGUGAAUUCAUGUUAAACUGGAAAGGAAGAGGCUACAGAACAAUAUUGGAUUUGUUAUUGAAUAAAUAUCCCGAUCCCUCAAAGGAAUUGCCCAUUCAGAUCAAUUUUAAGAAAGAGGUGGAGACUAUAAAAUGGCGGUCACCACAAGCUGGCAACCCUUUGGUACAUGUGAAAUGCAAGGACGGAAGUCUGUAUUCCGCGAAGAGUGUUAUUGUAACUGUAUCUUUGGGAGUUCUGAAGGAUAGAUACAAUCAACUUUUCAAACCACAAUUACCAGCUGAAAAAAUAAACGCAAUUAACAACCUACAACUUUGCGUUUUGGACAAAAUCUACGUCGAAUUCACCAAGCCUUGGUGGCCCCAAACACCCGGCUGUUUUACAAUUCUAUGGCGGGAGGAAGACAAAGCAAAAUUUAAUAAAAACGAACAGUGGAUUACAGAAAUUACCGGGUUUAAUACCGUUGAAUACCACCCAAAUGUUUUGCUUGCCUGGAUUUAUGGUGCUGCAGCUGAGAAAAUGGAGAAAUUGACGGUUGAUGAAGUGAAAGUUGGGAUCGAAAAGCUUUUGAGUGUGGUUUUCAAGAAGAGCUUUAAUGUAGCUCCCGUGAAAUGUGUUACUCGAACGGAGUGGGCUUCAAACGGUCUCGUAAGAGGUUCGUACUCCUACCGCAGUGUUGCCAACGAAGAAAAAGGCGGCAGUUCAAUUACCUUAAGCGAACCUUUGUAUUAUGGGGAAAAUUUCCCAAUUGUUUGUUUCGCGGGUGAGGCAACUUCCCACCAUAGAUUUUCUGCCGUCCAUGGGGCUGUAGAGGCAGGGUUUAGGGAGGCAGACAGAUUAAUUGCCAGUUUCAAAAAAUAA